AACCAGAACAGGAAGGAGAGAAAGGACUUUGUGCUGUGCAAGCCCAGACAAUGCCCAGCCUAGGAUACAGAAAAUUGUUUGACAGAGAAUUAGCCAAUUCGCUGCGGAGGUUUAGCCAUAGAAAAGCCCCCGUUCUCUUUUUCAUAAUGUUAGCUGUUGGUCCCCAAGAGGGAGUUGCGAGUUUCCAAUCCCUAUCCCCCUCUGCUAGCUUCCAUGAACCCCACCUGUUCAAAUCAACCUCUCCUCCUCAGAUUCCCAGAGUUGCCAAAUCAGUACAUAGUAACGGCAGCGUAUGGGUUUCUUUACUUGUUAGGAAUUCAUUGUCCUGUCAUAUUACAAACCUGUUUCGUUGGACCAAGGAAAAAAGAAAAUUCCUGAAAGUAUCUACCCCCAACUCCACGCCAGAUCCGAAAGAUGGCGGCCCCGGCACCGGUCAACGUGGAAGCGCUCUUCUCUGUCAAGGGCAUGGUCGCCCUCAUAACGGGGGGAGGCACCGGGAUCGGCCUCAUGAUGGCGCGGGCCCUCGCCGAUGCCGGCGCCGCGCGCGUGUACAUCGUCGGGCGGCGCGUGGACGUGCUGCAGGCGGCGGCGGCGUCGAUCAACCGGCCGUCGGUGGUCGUGCCGCUGUACUGCGACGUCACGUCCAAGGUCAGCCUGGAGAGCAUCGUGUCGGUGGUCGAGACGGACGCCGGCCUGCUCAACCUGCUGGUGUGCAACGCCGGGGUCGGCGGCCCGCAGGUGCGCGCUCCCGUGCCGGGCGAGACCACGCUCGAGGAGUGGCGCGAGAUGCAGAUGGCCGGCAGCUUCGAGGACUUCACCAACACCUUCCGCGUCAACAGCACCAGCGUCUGGUUCACCGCCAUGGCCUUCCUCAAGCUGCUGGACGCCGGCAACCGGAAGGGCAACCUGCCCGGCGUCAGCAGCCAGAUCGUCGUGACGAGCUCGAUUGCGGGGUUCAACAAGGCCGCGCCGGGCGGCUGGGCGUAUGGCCCGAGCAAGGCGGCGGCGACGCACAUCGCCAAGAUGUUGAGCGUCGUGUUGCCUACUUGGGGGAUUCGGGCGAACUGUAUCUGCCCUGGCCUGUUCCCGAGCGAGAUGGCUGCCCCCAUCGUCGAGGCCGCAGGGGGGUCCAUGACCGGCUCCAGCGUGAUCCCACUGGACAAGAAUGUCGUCCCACUGGGCCGCAUGGGCGACGAGGUCGACAUGGCGGGCCAGAUUCUGUAUCUUGCCUCAAGGGCCGGCGCCUACCUGAACGGAAAUACGAUUGUAGUGGAUGGUGGGCGGUUAGGGAAGUUUCCGAGCGCGGGAUACUGACGGAGGAAUACAAAGCUACACUGUCGGACAGAUCCUGCAUAAUUGCAAGCCAUCCAUCGCCGCGUUCGUCCCGUCACCGCUCUGGACCGGAGCCUGGCUUGGAGAUUGACCGCCCCAACGGUUUCACCACCGUCUGCUUCCUCCGAUUUUGUUGGCAUGUGGUUGCUGCUCUUAUCUUUCAACUCUUUUCACCGGGCCUCGAUCCACUCAUGUCCUGAAUAGGCUCGUUCCAUUGGUGGAAAAAAGAAGGGAAAGAAAGAAAGAAAAAGAGAAGCAGACGCACCGGAGCGUGUUUGGGGCGCUCCGCGGCGGCUUCACGUCUCUAGAUCCUCGACCGGAAAGUCGCGGCGGAGCAUUUACGGUUUCUUGUGUGGCUACCGG